AGGAAUUUGUCCACUCAAAUUUUAUUUUUUUCCUGGACUACCAAUAAAUAUACUACGAGAAUGGAUAAAGGAACAGAGCACUAAGUCCCCGAUUCUGAACUAUGGCCUCACAGCUCACGAGUAUAUUGCUGCUUCUCUUCAUCUUUUGUCUUUGCUUUACGUUUAGUACUACUACAGACACCUUAAGACCCGCUCAGCUAAUCAAAGACACCGACGAUGACCAUAUAAUCUCCAGCGGCGGCAUCUUCAAACUGGGAUUCUUCAGCCCAGCUAAUUCCUCCAAUCGCUACGUUGGAAUCUGGUACAAUCAAGUUUCUGAAUUAACCGUGGUAUGGGUAGCUAACAGAGACACUCCUCUCAAAAUUUUUUCCGGGACUUUCACUGUUUCUGAAGAUGGCAAUCUCGUGGUUUUGGACGGAAGCAGGGGAAUUCUUGGUCAUCAAAUGCGACAAACUCUUCUAAUAACUCAACAGCCCAGCUCUUAGAUUCUGGAAACCUUGUCCUGCGAGAUGUCACCGGCAGAAUGACCAUAUGGGAGAGCUUCCAAGAGUCUUCCAACUACCUCUUGCCUGGCAUGCAACUCUGCACCAACAAGAAAACAGGGGAGAUCAUACGAAGGGCAACAGCAUGGAAAAGCCCUUCUGAUCCAUCGAGAGGAAGUUUCUUUUCUGGUCUCGACCCGUUGAAUCUCCAAGUCUGUGUGUGGAAGGGCAGCAGUAUGGACUGGCGGACGGGUCCCUGGAACGGUCAAACUUUUACUGGUAUACAUUUCAUUUAUUACCAAACAGUUGAUAGGUUUUAUAUUAGAGAUGACAAGGAAGGAAAUACCUGCUUCGGUUAUGAUUAUCUAAAGCCUAAUUCUUUGAGAAACUUCGUCUUGCGUUCUGACGGGGAACUGGUUAAAGUCGAGUGGGAUGGACGCAAGAAGGCUUGGGAUGUGCUGUGGUCGACUAAGCAAACGGAGUGCGACAUGUAUGGGAAAUGCGGGCCGUCUGGAGUCUGUAAUUCGCAGGAGUCUCCACUGUGUAGCUGUUUGGGAGGGUAUGAACCAAAGGAUAAGGAGGAAUGGAGCAGAGGAAACUGGAGCAGGGGGUGUGUGAGGAGGAGGCAACUGCAGUGUGAGAGAAUUGACAGCGGCGGCGGUGGAGCUGAAGACGAAUCAGAUGGGUUUUUGAAAGAUGAGAUGAUGAAAGUGCCGGACUUCGCUGAGCGGUCGCCUAUUGCUGAAGAUGACUGCGAGAAUGAAUGCCUCAAGAAUUGUUCAUGUGCGGCCUACGCUAAUAGUAAUGGGGUUGGUUGCAUGAUAUGGAGCAAAGGCUUGAUCGACAUGCAGAAAUUGGCAAGCGGUCGGACUACUCUGACGGAUUUUUACAUUCGUGUCGCAUUUUCAGAAAUCGGUAAGAAGACAAACAUGAGAAUAAUUAUCAUAGUUGUUGCAUCCAUGAGAGCACUUGCUAUUACCAUUUGCGCAUACUUUGCAUGGCAGUGGAUGGUUAAACAACAAGCUAACAAACAGAAAAUCAAAGAAAUAUUAUUGAUAGACAGAGAAGAAGCACAUUUACUUGGAGAGAAUAGUAACCAAGUUAAGCUCCAAGAGUUACCACUUUAUGAUUUGGAGAUCUUAGCAAUUGCAACUAACAACUUUCACGUUACCAAUAAGCUUGGGCAAGGAAGUUUUGGAUCAGUAUAUAGGGGAAAACUGCAAGAUGGACAAGAUAUAGCCAUAAAAAGACUUUCUAGAGGCUCUAGACAAGGGAUCGAAGAAUUCAUAAAUGAAGUCGUCGUGAUUUCUCGAAUACAACAUCGAAAUCUUGUUAAACUCCUAGGUUGCUGUGUUGAAGGAGAAGAAAAGAUGUUGAUUUAUGAAUACAUGCCAAAUAAAAGCUUAGACUCGUUUCUUUUCGGUCCAAGCAAACAAAAAUUUCGAGAUUUGCAAAAGUUCUUUAAUAUUAUUGAAGGAAUUGCUCGAGGCCUCCUAUAUCUUCACAGAGAUUCUAGAUUAAAAAUUAUCCAUAGAGAUCUGAAGGCAAGUAAUAUUUUGCUAGAUACUGAGCUAAAUCCAAAAAUUUUAGACUUUGGCAUGGCUAGGAUUUUAGGAGGUAGUCAGGAUCGUGCAAAUACUGCAAGAAUUGUUGGGACAUUUGGUUAUACGUCCCCUGAAUAUGCAAUUGGAGGCUACUUUUCGGAGAAAUCCGAUGUCUUUAGCUUUGGGGUGCUAGUGCUCGAGAUUGUGAGUGGAAGAAGGAACACUAGCUUUUGCCAUGAUAUGCAAGCACAAAGUCUUAUUGGAUUUGCAUGGAAAUUAUGGAAUGAAGACAAUAUUAUGGGUUUAGUAGACCCCAUAUUAUCAUAUGAACCAUGCUUUGAAAAGGAGAUUAUGAGAUGCAUACAUGUGGGAUUGCUAUGUGUGGAUCAAUUCCCACAAGAUAGGCCAACUAUUUCUACUAUUAUUUCAAUGCUUAGUAGUGAGAUUGUAGAUCUUCCUAGUCCCAAGCAACCUGCAUUUACUGAAAAGCUAUUUGCUCCAGAUGCGAACUACUAUCCAAAUUCCCCAAUUGCUUAUUCCAUAAAUAAUGUCACCAUUACAACAGUCGCUAACAAGCAAUAGUUGCUUCUAGAUGCAAUCUCAUUUGUUGAUAGAAAAAAUAUGUAUAUUUUGUUUGUUGUAUAUUGUCAACUCUAAUUAGGUUAAUAGUGGGAUUCAAUUUUUUGCUAUAGAAAAUCAAUUUUUUUUAUUCCAAAA